UGCUAAGCUUCUUCACUGAGCUAUCGCAAAGAGUAUAGAGUCCGACAAAAGGUGUUUCCAAUGAUGCUGUCUCUGUUUGCACAUUUGUUUCGCCUGAUGAGGAGAUAUAGACUGUCUGAUCUUGAAUUUGCCUCAUAGAGUGGCAUUGGGUGGCUGGUGUUUGAGAUAUUUUGGAGAAUGGGGAAAAGAUCGUUACAAAUUGCCACAUAUAUAUCGCACUUCUCUCCCCAAUCUUCAUUCCAAAACUAUCCCAAUAUACUUUUAUCAUCUUUUACUGUUCAACAGCUGGUCUGAUUUAUUUUCAAUUUCAACUUAAUUCAUUCAAUUACUUUCACAUUACUUCUUCUAUAUUCAAGAUGCGUUCCUCAACAGCAAGUUUGAUUUUGGCCUUCUGCGCCAUGUUGGCAGUUCAGGCAGUGCCAAUGGAUGUUGCUACCAAUGUCGCUCGUUCAGUUCCUGGUAUCGAGGCAAGAGCUGAGUUCGGGAUUGUGGCUCGUGAAAAUGGCUACGAUGCAGAGGGCAACGAGAUCGACUCUACCGGGAACUUGGUUGAGCGUGGUGAGUAGCCUGUCCCAGACACUUCAUGCCUGAGUAAUCACUAAGAGAUCAAUAGAUACUGGAUACAACGCCGCUGGUGACGAAAUCGAUGAAAAUGGAAACGUCAUUGAAAAGAGAGCCAAGAAAGGCAAGAAGCGUAAGUUGAUACAGCUGCUUUAUCACAGAUUUCAGAUACUGAUAUCUGUAUAGCAAAGAAGCCCCAAGCACGUGCUGAGAGUUCUUAUGAUGCCGAAGGCAAUGAGAUUGAUGGAAAUGGCAACAUAGUCCAGCGUGGUGAGUACCAACAAAUUUUCAUCUCUGAGCCCUAAGACGACUUGCUAAUAGUAACAAGAUUCAGAAUACAAUGCUGCCGGCGAAGAGAUCGACGCGAAUGGAAACGUGAUCGAAAAGAGAGCUAAGGAUGCUAAGGAUGCUAAGGAUGCUAAGAAAGGUACAUAAAGAUCAUUUAUUUGAGAUAAUCCCAUAUUGAAAUCUUUUAGGCAAGAAGGGCAAGAAGCCUCAGGCACGCUCUGACAGUUCUUACGAUGCCGACGGAAAUGAAAUUGAUGGAAAUGGCAACUUGAUUGAGCGUGGUGAGUAAACUUCUCAGCUCUCAAUGACCAAACCCGUAAUUUUCAUCUAAUAUAUCUGAAAGAUACAGGUUACGAUGCCAACGGUAAUGAGAUUGACGAGAAUGGACAAUUAAUCGAUCGUGAUACCGAAUAUGAUGCACAGUAUGUAUUUCCUCUCCUCUCCCCAUAUGUCUCUACAAUGCAUCAAUACAUGAUUACUAACUUUUCACCAAGAGGAAACGAACUUGAUUCCAACGGAAAAAUUGUCCGGCGUCGAAACAAGAAAGACAAGAACGGCAAGGACAACAAAAACGCCCAGAAAACACGUAGAGGUAUUUCCUCCCCAUUUCUUUCCUAUCUGACUACCUACCUCCCUAGACCAAACCAAAUAAAUCUUUCUAUGAUGUUACAAAAAAGAAAGAAAGAAACAUUCACUAACACCCCAUAUAGCAUACGAUGCCUACGAUCCCCAAUACGACGAAGCAGGCAAUGAAAUCGACAAGGAUGGAAACUUGGUCAACAUCUAAACUUCGCUUCAUGUUUCAUGUUUCCAGUUUCAUAUCUCAUAUAUCACAUCUAUCUGGAUCAUCUGCGGCUUUUCCGAUUGCGUGCUUUGGUUAGAAUUGGUCAAGCUUCAUCUCAUAUCAUGUUAUCAAUAUAUAGAAUAUAGGAAUUUAAACUCGUCUAUU